AUGACCGACCAGAAGCACUCCUACACACUUCAUUACUUCGAUGUUCGUGGCCGAGGAGAGCCGAUUCGUUUGAUAUUCGCGUACUAUGACGUGAAAUACGAAGAUCAUCGAAUUGGAUUGGAUGAAUGGCCAGCACUCAAGCCAGAUGCUCCAACGGGACUAGUGCCAUAUUUGGUGAUGGAUGACGGCAAACUAGAGUUGGCACAGACCCUGGCUAUCUGCAGAUAUCUGGCUAAGUCAAUACGUCCAACUGAUUACUUUGCUGGCGCAACAAAAACGGAGUCGGCCAAGUGUGACAUGUACGCUGAAUCAUUUAUGGAUCUGUUUACAAUCGGUGUCGAGCGGCAAUAUGAGAAAGACGAAGUUAUCAAGGAGAAAAAAGAUGCGGCCUUCGAGAAGCAAUAUCCUGAGCGUAUGAAAGUACUGGAAGAUCACUUGAAAAAGAACGGAGGGCACCACUUCGUCGGGAAAAAGGUCUUAUGGUGCGACCUUGUGGCGUUGUGCGUGCUGUCGAUGAUGGAGGAACUGAAACCUGACCUCCUACAAGAGUUUCCAGACAUGCAAACUUACUACACGAACAUGCGCAAUUUACCUGAAAUCAAGGAAUACAUUGAAACAGCGUGGCCACCAGCCACUUCAGUCACAUCGGAAUAA